AUUUUUUGUUUUGUUUUUUUUCCUUUAUUGAGCAUGAAACAAUGGUAGUUCAAGCAAGUGGAUGAGGGCACAGUGAAAUCAAGUGGAUGAGGGCACAGCCUAAAGCAAAAUUUGUGAUCAGGGCUAACUUCCAGCCAAAGGCUUUUUUCUUGCAUUCUCUUUGCUAUCAGCAAGCAAUAAAAUUAGAAAAUUCAGUAAAAUAUUUGUAACCUCCAUACAAUUGUGAAGACUUUCCAUUAUUCAGGAAUAUGGUCAGGCUUCUUGAUGUGAUGGUAAAAUGAAGAUUUAGCACAGUAACUUUAGACAGGCUAAGAGCAAGACAUUCACAUGUAAAUAGUGAAAUACUGAUAACAAGGCAACAGUCGGCAUUCCUAUAGGGGAUUCCAAGAUUUUCAGUCCUUGAACAGUGCCCUGUCCUCUCCCCACGGCCAGCUCUUUACUGAAUUGCUAUUGAAAAUCAAUGGUGACCAUAAAAGGUCUAUUUUUUUUUAAACAGCUGUCUAUCCCCAGACUGCCUUGAACCCUUAAACAGAUGAUCACUCAUUCCUGAGGGGGAGAAAAAAACACACUUUUUAAUUCAAGUGCUUAAGUUCUUAUUUGAAAACGUUUGCUUAAGCAACUAUUAUAUUGUUAAUUUCUGAUAGCCUCAAGAGAAGGCAUUGCAGUUAAGAAGUCACUGGUGUCUCUUCAGGACAAGAGGCUGCAAAAAUCUCUGCAAUAAAGCAUUUAAAAAUUAACCUGUAGCACAAAGUUCAUGACAAACCCAUGCUAUUUAUUUUCAGGAAAUGAAUUUAUUUUCAGGAAUUUUAGAUUUGGUUCAACAUAAGAUAUUUAGACAGAGUAAUUUGUGAUCUCAGGGUAGGAAAGGAGAUUUAUACACCAGACUACUUAUGGUCUGAAACUCAGUAAUUAAUCAGAAAUAAUUGCAUGCUUUGACCCUGGUGAGAGUGAUAAAAAACUUUACAGCCCCUAAGGAACAGAACUUGUUCAGGCCUCACUACGUGAAUAAUGGGGAGUUGUUUUUUAUUUUGUCUUGUUUUGUUCAUUUUGCUUGUUUGCUGUGCCGCAGUGAAAACUCAAUAACCAAAGUUAUGAAGCAGGUAUUCUUCAUUAGGGCACUGGGUGUGGGGGGCAUCGCUCUGCCUAACACACACACCAAGGGUUACUGGCAGUGUGCUUAUAUUAGUGGGACAAAUACGUACUCAUCUCAUUUCCUGCAAGGCUCUUGCAUAUUCAUCAGGUCUAGGAAGAAUCAUUAUCAUAGGUUCCCGCUCCUAUUCGCAUGCGUACUGGAGUCCUUGGGUGGUUGUCUGGCCUACUCUGGUGGUCUUUUGACGAAGGCCAGAAGUCUUCCUCGCUGCUCAACUCCUGACCCUUCCUUUCUUUGACAGACUUCAGCAGUCAAACCAGUUCUUGCUGGUUUCAUUACCUUCCAAUACAGUCUUUUACAUACAAUUAUACAACAUACAAUUGUGCUAGCUAAGACCUUCGGAAUCAACAUCCUUUAUCUUGUUCCCUGUCUCAGUUGCAUGUAAUUGAUGGUAUACUUACAGGAGGUGCUUUCUUUUCUUGGCUCGUUUAUCUCCCUAUUGAAAUAUGAGGUUUACACGAUCUCUUGUCAUAGUUGUCAUGAAACAGGACAAGAAAAUGAUGAUUCUUUAAAAUGCCUGGAAAUAAUUAUAUGUAAUUCUUCUGAUACUAUGUCUUUCUUCUUUGUGCAGAUAUGGUAGGAGGAGAGCUCUCUGGACUUUUGGUAAAUGAAAUUGGUGGAAUACCUGGGAUAUUGCAUGGCCACAGGGAGUUUCUGAAAAAACAUUUCUACCUCAUCACCAUGAAGAAAAUUCUUGAAAACAGAAAGCAUAUGAGUAAAAAGGUCCAAGCAAUUUGACUGUGGUUGCACAAACCAGUCAUUGACCAAGACCUCCAUCAGAGCCUGCCAAACUUGAAAGUGAUUGCAGAUUUGGUAGUAGGAAUGGAUCACCUGGAUCUCAAACUUGUAGGUAGUUUUGAUGUGAAAAUGGCUAAUGCACCAUGUGCUGUAUCUAGCUGCACAGCAGAUGCAGGGAUGGCUUUGUUAAUGACAUCUGCUACAAGACUAGGGGAAGGGUACAAUAUUGAAGUUUCUUCAGGUAUGGAGUACUGUGAAGCUUAUUUUCUAGGAGCUGAAGUUACUGGAACUACUGUGGGGAUCAUUGGCAUGGGUGUAAGAUUGCACAGAGAUCCAAAGCAUUUGAAAUUAAGAUUUUUGUACCAUAACAGGAUGCAGAGGAAAGAGCAGGAACAGCAGGAUGUUGGUGCCAUUUACUGUAAGAAGAUAGUUGAUUUGCUCCAGCAGGCAGAUUUUGCAAUGGUGGUGUUGAGUCUGACACCUCAGACACACAACCUGAUUCGGAAAGGAGAGAUUGACCUGAUGAAACCCACAGUUACUCUCAUUAACAUCAGCCAAGGUGCUGUAGUUGACCGAGAGGCGCUGGUGAUAGUUCUGCAGACUGGUAUUACUGGGGCCGCAGCUUUGGACAUCGCUUGCCCAGAAUCACUGCUCAGGUUGUCGUCUGUGCUUAAAUCUCUGAAACACUGAGUGAGCCCUGCCAGAUGCCCAGAGGCAGGGGUCUGGCAGAGACAGCCCCUACACUCCUGUUUUUUGUGUAAAAGUGCUGUGAAUAAGAAUGGGAUGCAGCCCAGAUGCUGGGACUGAUAACAGUCCAAAGGGAAGUGUAGGCACCAGGAAACAACAGGAGGGAAAUAGUGUGACAAGGGAGCAGUAAACCAAUGCAAAAAAUCACCUUUUAAAACUACAUCAGUGUUUCUCUGAAUUAUUUUAUUUGAAGAUGUAACAUACCAUGAAUGUGUGUAAGCGGCUUGAAUCACCACCCCUUCUUAGACCUGCUGUAUUGUCCCAAAUUUUCACUCCCCACAGCCUGGUUUCCCCAAUACAAAGCUGAAGUACUGCUCGUACCUUAGGCCCAGAGGCUAUGGGCACAUCUACCAGCAUGAUGCCUCAUGGAAUUAACUGUGCUGGAUGGGUUUUGGGGUGAGGGGACUUUGGUCUUGUUAUGCUAGUAUGCCCAGGACAUUGCUGCCCAUUACCUGAGUUGCAUAAGUACAGCUAAGACCACUGUGUAAGGUUAACAUGCCAGGAGGGCUUAUUCCUCUCUUCUGACAUAAUUGCUAUCUUCCGGCAAAAAUCUGUUUCUGGUCUUGG